AUGGUGCAGGUUACUCCCGUCAUUCGCCCAAAAAUCGUCAAGAAGAAGGUGACAAAAUUCAAACGUCACCAGUCCAACCGUUUUAAGCGUGUGCCAGAAUCAUGGCGUCGUCCAAAGGGUAUUGAUGGCCGUGUGCGCCGAAAAUUCAAGGGUGCCAUUAAGAUGCCAAACAUCGGUUACGGCUCCAAUAAGAAGACGCGUCACCUGCUACCCAACGGCUUCUUUAAGUUCGUUGUCAACAACGUGGCUGAGCUCGAGGUGCUGCUUAUGCACAACCGCAAGUACUGUGCCGAGAUCGCUCACAACGUGUCGGGCCGCAAACGUCGUGAGAUCAUCGACCGUGCUGAACAGCUUAACGUGCGCGUGACCAACCCUAACGCCCGUGUCCGUGCUGAGGAGAACGAAUAA